AUGUCUUCUUUCUAUGACUUAACACCAAAGGAUUCAAAGGGAGAAGAUUUCCCAUUCUCUCAAUUGAAAGGUAAAGUUGUUUUGAUUGUCAAUGUUGCUUCUAAAUGUGGUUUUACACCUCAAUAUGAGGGUUUGGAAGAGUUGAAUAAAAAAUUUGCAGAUCAACCAGUCCAAAUUAUAGGUUUCCCAUGUAAUCAAUUUGGUAAUCAGGAACCAGGAUCUAACGAACAAAUUGGUGAAUUUUGUAAAUUAAAUUAUGGUGUAACUUUCCCUGUUUUGGGUAAAAUUAAUGUAAACGGAGACAAUGCAGAUCCUGUUUAUCAAUGGUUGAAGAGUCAAAAAUCUGGAUUUUUAGGUUUAACUAGGAUUAAAUGGAACUUUGAAAAGUUUUUAAUCGAUCAAGAUGGCCAUGUUGUUGAAAGAUUCAACUCCUUUGCUAAACCAAGUAGUAUCGCAUCAAAAAUUGAAGCAUUAUUGAAGAAAGGAGAAGGAGCAAGUAAUGAGGAAUCUAAAUAA